AUGCCUCCCUUCACUUCGCUCCCAUUUAAACCUCUCUCCUUCCUCCUCUCUUCCGCUCAACAACCCACCAUUCUUCUCUCUCAUCUCUCUCUCUCCUCUUUCUCUUUUGCCAUGAAGCUUAUCAAAAGCAUUCCUAGACCGGCUAAGCUCUUCAAAUCGUUAAGGUCUCGUUCCCUGUCCAGAUCCGACGAUCCGUCGUCUGUUAGGUCCGGAACGACGUCGUCUUCUUCAUCCGCUUCCGAUUCCGAGUCUCAAACGGGGUACAAGAAGCCCGGCGGGGAAUCCACGCCGACCAGCGUUCUCCCGGCGCUCAACCGCGAGAUCUCCCCUGACGAGUGGCCUGGGGUGUACGCCGAGCUGGUCCAGGCGUUCAAGCUGAUCGACAGGGACGAUGACGGUAAGAUCAGGAAAGAGGAGCUGGAGGCGCUGUUGAGCCGGGUGGGAGCCGAGCCGCCCACCAGGGAGGAGCUGAGGCUGAUGCUGAGCGAGGUGGAUAGGGACGGCGACGGUUGCAUUAGCCUCGAGGAGUUCAGCGUGCUCAGCUCCGCCUUCGCGCCGCCGUCUUGCGACUCCGAGCUGCGAGACGCCUUCGACUUCUUCGAUACGGAUCACGACGGGAAGAUAUCCGCGGAGGAGCUGUUUAACGUGUUCAGAACGAUCGGCGACUCGUGGUGCACGUUAGAGGAGUGCCGGCGCAUGAUAGUUGGCGUCGAUAACAAUGGCGACGGGUUCGUGUGCUUUGAGGACUUCUGCCGUAUGAUGGAGCAGCAGAGAUGACUGAUUAUAAUGAUCAAAGCUUGUUCUUGAUUUGGAUGAAAACAAAACAAAACGGAGUUUCUUUUUCUUCUUUUAAAUCUUUCUUUUGGAGCGUCACUGAUAUUUGUAAUAGGGUUCGGAUUUUCGUAAAAAUGGAUCGAAACUACCAGAUGAAUCCUUCAGUGAGAAGUGGUUUCAACUUUCUACUUUGCCACUACUGCCCUUGUCUAUAUGUACUGGAUUUUCCACCAAUCAACUGAAUAUUACUAGAUUUUAUCAUCCUUUCAA